UCGACCCCGAAACAGAAUUCAGAAAACCUUAUUCGCUUUCGCUCCGCUUUGUUGUGUUUUAAAAACCUCUUCCUGUGUAUGAAAGAGCAACACAGAGAGAAAGCGUAUGAAAGAGCAACACAGAGAUGGAGAGAGAGUCACAGACAAGAUGCGGUUUCAUUUCUAAUUUUAAAUGCUUCCUUCGUUUUCUUCACCUCUCGAAACCAUCCCCUCAAUGAGGUCUAGGAGAAGCGAUGACGAAGAAGAGAACUCCGUGUACGGUACGCUACGUGCUCUGGUUCGGGUUGAAGCUCGUCGUCUCUAUCUCGAUCGUGCUCUGCAUCUUUGCGCUUCUCAGGUUCCACUCUUAUUCCAAGCUUCAAUCUUCGUUUUCCUCUCGCAGAUUCCAUAGAUUGAAUCAGCACUACGAAGGUCCUCCCAAGAUUGCUUUUUUAUUCCUGGCACGGAGAGACCUUCCUCUCGAUUUUCUGUGGGGGAGCUUCUUCGAGAAUGCAGAUGCCGCAAAUUUCUCCAUUUAUAUUCACACGGAGCCUGGUUUUAUAUUCGAUGAAUCAACAACGAGGUCGCCUUUCUUUUACGGCCGACAGUUGAACAACAGCGUUAAGGUAAUGUGGGGAGAAUCGAGUAUGAUUGAAGCGGAGAGGUUAUUGAUUGGAGCAGCUCUUGAGGAUCCAGCAAAUCAGAGAUUUGUUCUCCUCUCAGAUAGCUGUGUUCCCUUGUACAACUUCAGUUAUAUUUAUGACUAUGUGAUGUCUUCUCCAAGGAGUUUUGUGGACAGCUUUCUUGACAUGAAGGAAGGUCGAUACAAUCCAAAGAUGUCACCUGUUAUACCCAAGGAUAAAUGGCGAAAAGGAUCCCAGUGGAUAACAUUAGUUCGAAGACAUGCAGAAGAUGUUGCAGAUGAUGAAAAUAUAUUCUCAGUUUUCAAGACAUUCUGCAAGCGUCGACCACCCGUCGAUCCCAGCAAGGGGGAGCAGAAUAUUAAACUUCAGAAGCAGCAUAACUGUAUCCCAGAUGAACACUAUGUGCAGACAUUACUUGCAAUGACAGACCUUGAAGAUGAAGUUGAAAGAAGAACCUUGACCUACACCUUGUGGAACCAAUCUACAACAGAAACGGAGGGGAAAGCUUGGCAUCCUGUCACAUUCAAUUAUGCAAAUACAAGUCCUCAACAAAUCAAAGAAAUUAAGGGCAUUGACCAUGUGUAUUAUGAAACUGAGUUACGGACAGAGUGGUGUCGUACCAAUUCUACGUUUGUAUCCUGCUUCCUAUUUGCAAGGAAGUUCUCGGAGGAUGCUGCUAUGCGCCUUCUGAAUGAGGGGAUAGUGGGUUCCUUUGAUGCCACUGCCACUGCCACUGCCGUGAUAGACAACCACUCAUAAUUGUCCCACCGGUACCAGUUCUCAUCUUCUAACAGCAUCACUGACCAUCUUCUUUUAAUUCCGGGAAAAGAUAAUGUCGCAGGGUGUCAUGAGAGACACCGAAAAGAGAUUUACAUGAAUUGAUGAAAAUUAUAAAUGUACAGAGUAACAGUUUCUUUAUGCUUUACAUCCAAACUUUGUAAGGUAACAGUGGCUGUUCAACAUCAUAUUCACACAAAAUGAUGA